AUGAACAAACAACAGGGGCGGUCACGCCUUGAACGGCCCAGUAACGGCGCUAUUCCCGGAAGCGCGAGUCCAGGGGUGCACCGUGGAGUGAUGCUCGCUCUUGACGCCCACGACGGCGACGACAAAAGAGCGACAGGGGCAGCUUCCCCAAGGGGGAAAGAACCCUUGUUGGUGCGCCAGACAACUUCGAGCUUCGAUCCCAGCGGCUCCAGCUGGCAGCUUCCUUUCUUCGUGAACAACAGCUCCUCCUCCUCCAUUGCUUUGUAUGGGGACCCCUCUUCGCCCUCUGCCCUCGACAACGACUGCUUCCCGAGCCCUGUUCCGAUACUCGCGCCCCAUGCCGACUGCCUUCCACUGUUCUACACCUUCUACCGCUCUCCUUCGGCCUCGAGAUUGAGCGACACCUCCAGCUUCUGCUCGUCUGCCCUCAGCCUCAGUGACGAUAGCGGAGGGACGCCGAGCACCAUGCCCGGGCUGACUUGCGACGCUGCCGCCGAGCCCCGAUUCCUCGGCCCCAGCGGGGUCGAUUCCCUCUCAUCGCCGUCGGCCACGAGUCUGGUAGACACAGGAAUCGACACCGCGCAACUCCGCCCAAUCUCAGCAAAGAGCGGGAGGAGCGAACGGACGGCCAAGCCCCUGAGACUCGCGCGUUGGACAAGGUGGCAUCACUGCCACCAGGCAGAAGCCGCCGACCGCUCUGCAGCAGACGGCAAGACGAGCCACAGCUUUUACGUUUGGGGCAGCCCGCAACAACCCAGCCGAUCGAGAUCCAGUAGCAUCCAAAAACGACAGUCCGGGACCGGCGCUGUCCCGCAGAUGACACGAGAGCAAUUCGAGGCUCUGCCGCUGGCAAUCCAGAGAAAGUACUUUUCGACCCUCGAACGGCUACGUUUCGCUCAGGAAUCCGGUCUCGUAGACGGGAUCUCGCGGCAUUACCACGAUAUAUCGAGUUUCAAGCGCUGGAAACCCCGCCAGGAGCGUGACGCCCCAGAGCACACCGGUGGUCGACGCCGCCGCGGAUCCAUAGUCGGGUCUCACCCCUCAGCUCCUGAUUCGUCGACCUCGCUCAGCGGCCUGUCAGAAGCAACGCAAGAGGUAGGACCCCGACGCGAGGAACAGAUCGCCGUUGCGGGUCGCCAGCGCACGACCGUGAUUCUCGACGCGGCCGACGAGGCAGUAUAUAAGCUCAACCAGCAGUCCAGCCGGAGAAACCUGUCCACAACUGCCAGCACCUCUUCGCCGUUUCUUUCACCCGCGCGAGACAGCAUGGAGUUCUCCAAUGGCCUCGAGAAGCACGCCGAUGAAUCAGACGGACAUGUACAUGUACCGCAGUCAUUCUACGACAGCUUCCGGUGGCUGGACGAGGAGGAGGACCUGGACUUGCGCCUCUUCCUCGACGACUACCAUGCCAAUCUGCGCGAAGACCCUCCGACCACGAAGCAGCGGCCCUCCUUCCGCCGGCACAUGUCGAUAUCCAAGAUUCCGUUUGGCCGUCGAAGCUCGGUCUCAUCAAGCCGGCCAGGAACCAACGGUACCGCCACGCCGGCGUCACCGAUCCACAGCCCGGCCGGCAGUGUUUCGAACGGUUUGGCUCAUGUCCGGCGGAAAUCACGCGCCCUGUCUCUGAUCACGCCAAGGCACGCGCCUCAACCGUCCAUCACCGCAUUUGACCCGGCCGCUGCCCACUACCAAGACCCCGAGGCGCGACUGAAGCUGCGAGUGUACCUCGCCUCGCCGCAGAAAUUCGACGAGGCUGUCGAGUUUGGCUUCCCGUCGGCGGACGCGCUCUCCGCCGCUCCGAUGCUUACCUUGGAUACCAAUGGGAUUUCCCGCGGACACUCGAAGCAGAAAUCCGGAGUUGACUCUCCUCCCUACAUGCGCACAUUCCUGGCCGAUGGCGAUGACGACGACAACCUAUUUCUCAACGAUGACCAGCUCUCCCUGGCUGAUUCAGACUCGCCCAAGACACCAGAGCCGCUCGAGCACAGCAGGGCCAUCGGUGCUCGCCACGCCCGCCUAGCUUCCGCAGGCCUAGCCAGCGGCGGAGAUCUCGGCAGGAGAACGCCGGAAGGAGGCUGCUAUGCCCAGGCGCCCGCGUCGUCGCGUGAGAUGACGCUGCGCAUGACGCUCACGCGGCCGGACCUGCGCGCGCACGAGGACGAGAUGUACGGCCGGCUGCAAAAGCAGGGCUACCAGCAGCAGCAGAGCCGCCGGCCGAAGGCUCGGGAGACUCGCGGCGUCUACCCCGGGCCGGGCGCUCCGAAGGACAGCCUGGAGAAGUUCCCCGAGAUAGACCACUGGAAUGGGGGCGCGGCCGAGAAAGGGGUCAUGAGACGGUUCUGGAACCGCAUGCGUCGAGUAUGAUGAGGCUCCUCGACAAUCCGCCGCGACCCCUUCUCUCUAGGGAGAAGUGUUCUCGUGGGCCAAACAUGACGUCCGGCCGGCAACGCUCUUCGCUCUGCCGCACCCUGUGACACCAGCUCCGGCCGCGCCACCCGACCCGGUUUCGCUUACCUCUUUCCCGAUCUCUGUACCGGCGCCACUCAUUCAUCUCUUUUGUCAGAUUACGACCGGGCGCAUGGAGCGGCAUUCCAACAUCGCUUCCAAAUUUGUUCAAUUUUUUGGUCUUUGGUCUUCUAUCUUUUCGGGAGCAUACUAUCUGGGUGGGUGGCAAUCAUGAUUCAUUUACACAAGUACACCGGCGUCGGGCGUUUCGCUGUCCAGAAUCAUUCUUGUUGUAUUCGCCGACGGUAUUCCGUAGAUGGAUGAUCUACACAGGAUGCCGCCGCCGGCAAAGCUCAGAGCGGCUUUUUUUCGGCGCC